CUCCACUGCGGUCCAGCUCCAGUGCCACACCGUGCGCUCUGCCUCUGACGGGCUGCUCUGAGAUUAAAUACCCCAAACCUUGUCCUGGUGGAUUUAACCCGCGUGUUCGGCCAGCCCACCCUCGACAGUGAACUUUUUUCACCUGGUGCCCUGGUACCGAUGGCGGAGGGUGUGCGCCCCGAGGACUACUGCGACGAGCCAGUGGAGGACGAAUUUGGAGAGAUCAUCAAGUGUCGAUCUGAUGAAAGAGAAGACGUUCAGAAGAAGACUUUCACAAAAUGGGUAAACUCACAGUUGGCUAAGACAGGAAAACCACCGGUGGAGGAUCUGUUCGCAGACUUGUGUGAUGGACGACGACUGCUGGAGCUGCUGGAGGGGCUGACGGGACACGAGCUGGUGAGGUUGGAGAGAGGAAUCACACGCGUACAUUCGCUCAACAAUGUCAACCGCGCUCUGCAGAUCCUGCAGAAGAACAACGUUGAGCUGGUGAACAUCGGAGCGUCAGACAUCGUUGAUGGGAAUCACAAACUGAUCCUCGGGCUCAUCUGGAGCAUCAUUCUCCACUGGCAGGUCAAGGAUGUGAUGAAAGAUGUGAUGGCGGGCCUACAGCAGACCAACAGUGAGAAGAUUCUGCUGAGUUGGGUUCGUCAGAACACACGCCAAUAUCCUCAGGUCAAUGUGGUUAACUUCUCCACCAGCUGGAAUGAUGGAUUGGCCUUCAACGCCCUCAUCCACAGUCACAGACCUGAGCUGUUUGAUUGGAGCUCAGUGGAGAAGAAGAUGUCAGCGAUCGACAGACUGGAACACGCCUUUAACAAGGCAGAACAACACCUGGGGAUAGAGAGGCUGCUGGACCCUGAGGAUGUGGCCGUGCCUCACCCGGACAAGAAGAGCAUCAUCAUGUACGUGACGUCGCUUUUCCAGGUGCUUCCCCAAAGUGUUUCCAUGGAAGCCAUCCAGGAAGUGGAGACGCUGCCACGAGCGAACCCAGCCGGCGUGUCCCGGGUCACAACGGAGGAGCACUACCAGAUCCAGACCCAGCAGCGCUUCUCCCAGCAGAUCACAGUGAGUGUGGCUCAGGGCCGAGUGCGGAGCCCCUCUCCUCAGCCUCGCUAUAAAAGCUAUGCCUACACCCAGGCUGCAUAUGUCAAGUCGCCAGAGCAAAAGAGGAGGCGUUUUACUGAUCAGUUCCUGAGUCCCGGCCAAGAGGAGCUGCAGCGAGGCCUCAGUCCUCUGCCUCCAGGCUCCACCAGUCUGGAGAGCUACCAGGCUGCGCUGGAGGAGGUGUUGACGUGGCUGCUGUCGGCUGAGGAUGGCCUCCAGGCCCAGCCUCCCAUCUCCAACCACGUGGAGGAGGUGAAGGAGCAGUUCCACACACAUGAGGGCUACAUGGUGGAGCUGACCACUCACCAGGGCAGUGUGGGCCGGGUGCUCCGGGCCGGUGCUGCCCUGCUGGGAGAAGGAAAUCUGAGCGAGGACGAGGACUCGGAAGUCAGGGAGCAGAUGAACCUGUUGAACUCACGGUGGGAGCACCUGAGAGUGGCCAGCAUGGAGAGACAAAGCAGACUCCAUGAGGUCCUGAUGGAGCUGCAGCACCAGCAGCUCCAGCAGCUAACGGACUGGUUGGAUGUGACGGAGGCACGAAUUAAGAGGAUGGGGGCUCAGCAGCUAGGUCCUGACCUGGAGGACGUAAAGUACCAAGUAGAGGAGCACAAGCUCCUGCAGGAGGACCUGGAGCUGGAGCAGGUGAGGGUGAACUCUCUGACCCACAUGGUGGUGGUGGUGGACGAGAGCAGCGGAGACAGCGCCACCGCCGCCUUGGAGAGCAAACUGCAGGUGCUGGGUGAUCGCUGGGCCGCCAUCUGUAGGUGGACAGAGGAACGCUGGAUUCUGCUUCAGGAGAUUCUACUGAAGUGGCAGCACUUCACUAACGAGCAGUGUUUAUUUGAUUCCUGGUUGACUCAGAAGGAGGAACUGGUUCGCUCCAUUAGGACAUCCAACCUGAAAGACCAGGCAGAGAUGGUGGCCUGCUUGCGCCGUCUUGCUGCGGUGAAGGCGGAUCUGGAAGUGAAGCGUCCUGCCAUGGACAAGCUGUGCUCCAUGAGCCAAGACCUGUUGUCCAGUGUCAAGAACAAAGAGGUGGCCAGCAAACUGGAGGCAAGACUGGAGAGCUUCGCCCAGCGCUGGGACCGGUUGGUCCAGAGUCUGGAGACAAGCAGCUCCCAGCUGUCAUCGUCUGUCAGUACAGCCCAGCAGUCCGAGAUGACCCACUCCGUCACAGCAACUGUUACCAAGGUGACGACCAGGGAGAAAGUGGCGGCUGUGCGCCAAACCCGAGAGUCGCCGCCACCACAGAAGAAGAGGCAGGUGGUUGUGGAUUCUGAGCUCAGGAAAAGGUUCGACGUGGACUUUACAGAGGUCCACAGCUACAUGACCCGCGGUGAGGCCAUUCUGCAGAGCCCAGAGUUCUCUGUGUCACGCAAGGAUGGCAGCAUCCAGGAGCUGUACGACAAAGUGCAGGCGAUAGAACGCGAGCGGCCAGAGAAGUACCGGAAGCUUCAGGAGGCAACACGGACAGCACAGACCCUGGUUGAGCAGGAGGGGACUCGUGCUGAGGACAUUGCGCAGGCGGCAGAGCAGCUGAACCAGCGCUGGGUGGGAUUCUGUGCCCUGUUGGCCGACAGGCUGGCAUGGCUGGCUUACCAGACAAAGGUGUUGGCCUUCUACAGCUUGUAUGAGCAGUGUGAACAGGCUGUGGACAGCAGUGAGAACUGGCUCAAAGUCCAGGCACCUCCAGCAUCGGAACCAGAACCACUCAAAGUCCAGCUGGAUCGAUGCCGG